AUGUCCUCCGACGAUGCCUACAUGUCCUUCCUGGACAAAGCCAACGCAGAUCUCAACGCGGGCCGCCCUCAACAGCAAGGGGCCAGCGAGACCGAGACCGCCCGGACCGAAACGGUGGAUGCCAACACCAACGUCCCCGUGGCGCUGCAGUCGGUCGAUGCGUAUUACAUUUCGGAUGCCGAUGAGCCCUUCGAACCCGUUGCCCUGCGGUGGGAGGGCGCGUCGAAGGGAGAUUGGCCUAGCGCAGAUCAGUUCUCCCGCCUCAUCUCCCCCUCCGCCGAUCUCUCACAGGCUAUCGAAACCCUGAGCCCUUCCUCCUUUGACCCGAAGAACCAGUAUGCCUCCGUGCUACGUGCUGUCCGCUCGGCAGCCGUGGAAAAGGCCUCCGAUGCGGACCAGUCUGGCGUCGAGGUCAAGGUUUACCGGGUAGAGUUGACGAGCACGAAAUUGGAGUAUUGGGUGCUGGCUCUGGAUGUGCCGGGUAGUCGGGUUGUUGGUCUACGAGCGAAGGCGUUUGAGUCGUAG